CUACUAUAUAUCUGCACAUCUCCUCCACGAUAUCGUCAUUAUGGCUAUGGACAGCUGUGUGAGAGCGAAAGAACAGCGUCAGACACAACAAAAAGCGCGAUACAAUGGUGAAGGUGGACAUGUUCGGGACGGGUUUCGUCCUCCAAGCAGCCAUAUGGGCCGCCUGCGGGAUGGCCUUUAUCCUCUUCGGUUAUGACCAAGGCGUCUUCUCUGGCAUCGUGGAGAACGACGACUUCCUCGAUACCAUGAACCACCCCAAUGACAGCCUGGAAGGCAUCAUCGUCUCAAUCUACAACCUGGGAUGUUUCUUCGGCUGCAUCAUUAACUUCUUACUAGGAGACUGGCUGGGAAGACGCCGGGCCAUGUGGUUUGCCAUGAUCUGGGUCAUUAUCGGAGCAACCCUGCAAUGCUCCGCAUUCUCGGUGCCGCAUCUUAUGAUCGGUCGGUUUGUCACGGGCAUUGGUACGGGAAUUGAAACGUCCACCGUGCCCAUGUACCAGGCCGAAUUGUGCGAGGCCAGUAAGCGGGGGCGACUCGUAUGCAGUGAACCCUUGUUAGUCGGCGUGGGGAUCGUCAUCAGCUACUUCUUCGACUACGGUAUGAGCUUCGUGGGAGGCCAGAUUGCCUGGAGACUGCCAAUUGCCUGCCAGAUGGUCUUUGCGUUUGUGGUCAUUGUUCUUGUUUUUGGUCUACCAGAGUCGCCCCGGUACUGCUACAAGGAAGGCCGCAACGACGAGGCACUACAGAUCCUCAGUGAUGUCUACGGACGACCAAAAGAUGAUCACAAGAUUCUGGCGGAGCAGGAGGAAAUCCUCGAGGCCAUUGCCGUCGAGACUAAACAUGGAGGGUACAAGUGGAGGAAUAUCCUCAAGGGUGACGAAGUCUCAACAGGCCACAGGGUUCUUCUCGCGUACGGAAUGCAAUUUAUGAACCAAGUCGGAGGUAUAAAUCUAGUCGUAUACUACAUCCCUACUGUGCUCACCAACAACGUCGGCCUUAGCAAGAAUCUCUCCAUGAUUCUUGGCGGAUGCGUACAGGUUAUGUUUGUAGUGGGCAGUAUAUUUCCUACCUUCUUUGUCGAUCGAGUCGGUCGCAGAGCUCCCAUGAUCUGGGGUUCGUUCGGCUUAGGCAUUUGCAUGAUGAUGGUGUCCAUCCUGCUCAGCUUCAAGGGUCAUGAGAAUGAGCACGUCACGUCCUCUGCCGCCGUCGCAUUCUUCUUCCUCUACAUGCUCAUCUUCGGCGCAUCGGUCAACUGCAUCCCCUGGUGCUAUGUUCCAGAGAUCUUACCUCUUCAUGCCCGCACCAAGGGAACGGCCGUGGGCAUUUCGUCCAACUGGAUCUGGAACUUCUUCGUCGUGAUGAUCACUCCUGUGAUCAUCAACCGCCUCCAGUGGAAAGCCUACCUCAUCUUCAUGUGCACGAACUUAGCCUUCGUGCCAUUAGUCUACUUCUGUUAUCCUGAAACGGCGAAUAUGACGCUCGAGGAGAUCGACUAUCUGUUCACCAACCCAGGAAGGGGUGCCGUGCAAAACUCGAAGGAGCUGGUCAAGGAAAGGAAGCAACACGGCCAUGUUCCUGGCCAGCGAAUUGCCGUCACACGUGCCGGUGGGGCUGUCCAGAGCGAUUUUGAAAAGAAGGAGAUCGGUGCCAUCUCUAACAUUUCCGAGGGGCAAGUCGAGCAAGUCGAGCAAGUCUAGUAUUGGCGAUAGCUAAAAAAAGGGGGGUGAGUAUUUUAGGCGCUUGUGCUUGUUUGUUUGUAUGGUGAAACGUUGGCAGCUGUAUGGCGUCUGCAUCUCGGAGAGCUAAGGCCAGUGUGAGUGCUGUGCUGGCCAUAGCGCUUUCAAACAGAAUAAUGUCACAUCGCUGGGAUUAGGAGUCGCUUCAUGACAUGGUUAUCAAAAUCAAUAUGCCACUGCCGGAUAGGAAAUCCAACCAACCAACCAACAUG